UCUCAGUCUCCUGACAUUAUCUAUUCGGCGGACCAUCCAAAUUCAAUCAUGGCGGAGAAUCAGCGAGCUAUCGAUGCGAGAGCAACCGAGGCCACUCCGCUCCUGCAGAAUGGAAAGGACGGCCAAAAUCAGCACUACAAUCUUGCGGGUUUAUCUCAAACCACCUUUUGGAUAUUGUGCUUGUCCAUGUGGAUAGCGGCGUUUCUCGUAGCAUUCGACGGAACUGUUGUGGCUGCUCUCAUUGGACCCAUCUCUUCCUCUUUCAAUGCGACUAAUGAAGCUUCAUGGCUCGGUACAUCCUACCUCCUGGCGGUCUGCUGUGUCUCGCCCAUCUACGGCAGAUUGUGCAAUGUCAUCGGUCGACAGGCUUCCAUGCUCAUCGCGGUUGUUGUAUUCGCGAUUGGGAACAUUCUCUGCGCUGUCGCGCCGACUAUGAACAUCCUGAUCGCUGCACGAUUCAUCGCUGGACUCGGAGGCGGUGGACUACAAGUCACCUCAAGCACAAUCACCUCGGACAUCGUUCCUCUGUCUUACAGGGGACUGUUCCAGGUCAGUGUAUUAUGUUGUCUCACCGUUCCACGGCUCAUUCUAAGUUUGCAGGGCUACGCCAAUAUCACCUUCGGCAUCGGAACGGGGCUGGGGGCGCCCAUCGGUGGGUUCGUCAAUGACUGGCUAGGCUGGAGAUGGGCUUUCUGGCUACAGGCGCCCACCUUUGUGGUUGCAUUCAUCGCUGUCUUCUUUUUCGUUCGAUAUGAUGUUCCGUCAUCCAAGCGAGCCACUCAAACUCCGCUUGAGAUGUUGAAACGCAUCGACUUUGCGGGAUGUCUCCUGCUCUUCGGCUGGUUGGGCUGCGCGAUACUCGUGUUGUCGAUGAAAACAGAAGCUACGGACGAUUCUCUCAGCUGGACAAGUCCCCGCAUCCUCGGCCUUAUAAUCACCUCAGUUAUUCUCUUCUUGGUAUUCCUUGUGGUAGAAUUCAAGCUUGUUAAAGAACCGGUCCUCCCCAUCGAUCUGCUAGGUCGCAGAACGCCGAUAGCCUGCUUCGUCAACAAUUUCUUCAUUUCAAUCGUCAUAUUUGGAACUCUAUACACCGUUCCCCUGUACUUUUCAGCAGUCUUACAAAUGUCAUCCACCGAAACGGGGUUGCGCUUUAUGCCUGCACCGCUGAUCGGUAUUUGUACCUCGAUUGGCGUGGGCUAUCUUGUCAAGGUCUACGGAAAGUACAAGUGGCUCUGUUUCCUGGGUGGUCUAGACGGCAUACUCGGCGCAUUUCUCAUCACACUCUGGAGGAUUGAUUCGCCAAACUGGCAGACCUGGACAUUCUGGCAGGUCUCAGCUCCUAGUGGAUCAGCUGUCACGACCUUGACGGUUGUUGCUUUAAUAGCGGAUGUUGGACGGGAAGGGAUCGCCAUGGCAACGAGCUUGUCCUACGUCGCUCGGAUGACCGGUCAAGUCGUCGGCGUGUCCAUGAGCGGAGCAGUCAUCCAGACUGUACUGGCGAGGGAUCUACCGAGAAGGAUUACUGGACCAGGCAGUAUCGAGAUCAUCUCAUCCAUACGGAAAUCUUCGGCUGCUAUCAAAGAGCUAUCCACCGAUCUUCAAUUCGCAGCACGCAUGUCUUAUCAGAAAGCCACACAUACCGUCUUUGUGAUCCAAGUCGUCAUGUGUGUUCUGUACACGCUGGCCGGACUUGGCAUCGAGGAAGUCGACAUGAAGGCCAUCAAUGAAACGGCGCCACCCUCAAGGGACGAAGAAGCAGAACAAGGGCUGCCAAGUUCAGACGGACCUUUCAAUGGGAGGCAGUAGGGUGCAUAUGCCUUCAUCCUGAUAGCUGCUGUGUCUCGCCGGGAUCGUUCAUGCAUUUCGUUCUUGCACCACGUCC